UGAAAAAUUGUAAUUUCAUUUUUAGAUAUGGGUACAAUUACCACUUAUAAUCGAACAUCGUCACUAUCAAAUAUAUCAUCCGUCUUAAUUUAUGCACAAUGUCAAGAUAUUUUAUCAAAUAAACAAUUACGCAUAAGUUUGAAUCCUAUAUCAAUCAAAUUGGAACAAUUAUCUAAUUUUCCGGUUGAUAUAAUAACUGAAAAUGGUUUCAAAUAUUUAUAUAUGAAGUUUUUUAUGGUAGAUCGUACAAUCGUCACGCCGUAUUAUGCUCCAAAUAGAAUAAUGUAUUUCGAAUUUGUUAAAUGUUUCCUCUGCGAAGAAUUUCAACUGAUAGAAUUGAUUAAUUUCCUUACAACAAAAUUCCUCACUGUUGAAAUAAUUGGUAUACGAACUGUUAAUGUUAUCGAAUCAACUUUCACUUCCGAACAACUUAAUUAUGACAGAUCUGUAACACAGUCAUCAAAAAUACUUAUGAAGGAAGAAAUUUUAUUAGGUGUUGUUCAAUUUGAUAUAUCUGAUCUUUUAAGAGGAUUUUGGGAAGUGAAAUUGACGAAUACCUUAAUUCAUCCUCAUAAUGUUUUUACAACUAAUUAUGAUGAAAAUGAUAAAAAAAGAAUGAAACUUUCGUGGAAAAAUUCUCCUCUUACUACAGAUAUUCUUACAUCAUAUAAUACAUCAAUGAAAAUUAAAAUUCGUUUAGCAUAUGAUUUGCGAGCGUUUCAAAAAAAGAUUCUUCGAUGUGAAAAUAUAUUGAAUCGAAUUUUUUUUAAUUUGAAUGAUUUGAAAUUGGCUAAUGAUAUUUUAAAUGACGUGUUUUUUUAUAAUUCCAGUUUAUUGAAUCAAUCUUAUCAAUCUUCAAAUUUAAAAGUAAUGUUUUUGAAUGCAUAUUAAAAUAUAAUAUGACACUUUUUUUAAUUAAUUAAUAUUUUGAUUAAUAACAUGAAAUUACAAAAAUGAUAAAACUUAUUUUUAAAUAUUAUUUAUAAUAUAGGCACAAAAUGUAAUAAAACACAUUUUGACGGGUUUCGUUAUUGAAAAUUGUGAAAAAAUCUACAUUUUUCUAGAAGGUUUAUCUAA